AUGGAGCGGCGCGCGGGGGUCGCCGCCGACCCCAGCGGGCGCAGAGGAGGUGGUAAACAAAGCAGCCCAGGCGCCCAGGCGGCGGCCGCGGCGGCGGCGGCGGAGGGCAGGGGCCAAGCGACCCAGCUAGCGACCCAGAGACCCGAGCCUGGCUCCAGGCCCCCUACCUGCACCCGCAGCCGCCGCCGCAGCCCUGCACCAGCCCCUGCGGCGCGGGCUGCGCACCACACCCGGAGCGCAGGCCGCGGCCUUUCCCUGCCGGCGGGCCGCAGCGCCCGGCAGCUGCUGGAGCGGCUGGACGCGCGCCCCCUGGCGGCCCGAGCUGCGAACGACGUGGCGGCGCUGGUACGCCGGGCUGGUGCCACACUGCGCCUGCGCCCCAAGGAGGCCACUUGCAUGCUGGAUUCUGCCGAGAUAGAGGUCACCGACAGUCGCCUGCCUAAUCCCACAUUGGUGGAACACCCACCCCAGCAUCGUCAUUCCAAUACUUUGGGUACACGUGCCACGCAGCCUCAAAUGACCCAGGCUAAGUUACGUUGUGCAUCGAAGCAUCCCCAAGGCUCCGGUCAGUUCUGCGUAGAACUGGUUCGCGGUCCCUUGGGCUUUGGCCUCACUUUAAGUGGCGGACGAGAUGCAACUGGGAACACUCCCUUGGCAGUGGGCGGACUGCUGAAGGAUGGGCCUGCACAGCGCUGUGGUCGUUUGCAAGCUGGCGAUCUCGUCCUUCGCAUCAACGGAGAGUCAACUCAGGACCUCUCCCAUGCCCAGGUCCUGGAGCGGAUUCGGGCAGGCAGCCCCAGGCUCCAUCUUGUGCUUCGCAGGCCUCUUGAGAACCACCCUGGCAAACCUGAGGGGGUGUCAGGGCCCCAGAAAGGAGAUGAUCGCCCAGGUCCUGGGAGACCAGAGGUCUUGAGUUCUAGCUGUGCCAGCGCUUCCCCAUUUCUGCACCCGGGAUCCUGUGAACCACGCCAAACCCGGGGCAACCAGGAGCCUAGCCCAGAGCGGGCAGCCAACGACUCCGCAGAUUCUCCUGCAGAGCGCCACACAGAGGACCCCGGAGACCCAACCCCCGGUUCCCCAGGGCCCUGGCUGGUGCCGAGCGAAGAAAGGCUCUCGCGGGCCCUAGGGAUCCCGGGAUAUGCGCAGCUAUCGCUGGAGAUGGCAGCCGGAAGGCGGAGGCACUGAGCAUGCGUCAGACAGCUGGUGCUCUCUUGGCACUGCCCAACCUGGAUCUGGCGUCGUGGAGAGAGCGUCCCUUUUGUCUUGUCCCCCCUCCUGCUGCGCAGUCGACCAGCCCGCGCUCCCCUCACGUACUCAGUGGCAUGGUCCUCCCAGACCGGCCAGCCCGGCGCUUCUUGUUUCGGGAGGGGGGGUAAUAAAAUGGUUCGAUCCAGUCUUGACUUGCCAGGUGCUCUAGGCAGGGUGGGGCUC